AUGUCCGAGUGCCCCUGCUGUGGAACGAGACCGCUCAGACGGAGAAGUCUUGGAGGAUGUCAUCCCACGGAGAGCUGCCACAUGGAGAAAUACCGGGGAUCACCUGUCAGCCCAGUGGCAGCUAUCCCCCUGGGGUUAGACAGCAAAGCCCAGCCCGAAGCAAUUAAAAUGCCCGAGGGACCAAGUAGCCCACUCGUAAAAAUGGAAUAUCUGAAAAAACAAGCAAUCCCUCCCUCCUCGUCCUCCCAAGGUUCCGCCACCUUUCGGUGGCUCAUUGCUCCCGGAGUGGCGGUGUCACGGUCCACACCUCUGCACUGUGUCCUGAGGGCGCUGUGCAGCGACUCCUCCCUGGAGCUGAGUCAGUACCAGGACCAGCAUUUCCUGGGGCGGGGGGGGGGGGGGGGGGGGACGGACAAUGAAGAACAGGAAAAAUUACUGGAGGAAAGCUGUACAUCGUAUGUUGGAAAUCUUUCCUUUGACACAACUGAAGAACAAAUUGAUGAAUUCUUCGGCAAACAUGGUGACAUAAAGAGAAUCACCGUGGGCCUGGAUGGAAUGAAGAAAACAGCACGUGGUCUCUGCUUCGUGGCACACAGGUCAAGGGCAGAUGCGGAAAAUGCCCUGCGGUACAGAAAUGGAGCUCGUCUGGGUGACCAGAUUGUUCGCCCAGGCGGGACGCCGGCGGCGUUAAGGAGGGCAGGCAGCAGGCCCGGCUGUGGACGGUCUGGGGGCCAGGUCCGAGGUGAGCCGCGGCAGGACUACGAUGCUGGGAGAAGAGGCUAUGGAGAAUGA